AAUCUUCCCCUUUUCAUCCUCCGCUUAACCCCUUUUUCCUUCCCAUCACCAAACCCUAACCCUAAUAUUCUCCAAUUCACCCUAGAUUUCUUCCGAUUCUGCACAAUUUCGUGAUCUCUGUUCUCCGCCUCUGUAAAAUUGGUUAGGGUGCAGAGGAAGGACAAACAUGGAUUCACAGGCGAACAAUCUCUACGAGACGGCGUCGCAGCCUGACACCGGGAACGAUGCCUACACCUUUCUGGAAUUCAACACCCAGGGCGAAGAGGACUUCGACUACCCUGAAUUUCAAGAGCUCUCGCAGCCAAUUCGGUCAUCUACCUCAGCCUGGCCCACACCCUCCGAUUCUAUUUCCCCCGCCGAGGUUCCUUCCUCCUCUGAACCCUCUCAGUCCGCUACUAAACCCCGCGGCGGCAGCACUGGCGGUGCAAAUAACAAUAAUAACAGCAAGGAGACCGGGGUGGUGGAGGCUUUGGCUGCGGGGAUGAGUGGUCUGAACUUUGAAGACACUGGCGGCGACGACGAGGUCUUCGAUUAUGGCAAGGGGGACUUUACUGAGCAUGCUUGCAGGUAUUGUGGGGUCACAAACCCAGCUUGUGUGGUGCGCUGCAAUGUGCCUUCCUGUAGGAAGUGGUUUUGUAAUUCACGAGGCAAUACUUCUGGUUCUCACAUUGUCAAUCAUCUGGUGAGAGCAAAGCAUAAGGAAGUUUGUCUUCACAAAGAUAGUCCCCUGGGAGAAACAAUUCUUGAGUGUUAUAACUGUGGUUGUCGAAAUGUUUUCCUUCUUGGAUUCAUAUCCGCAAAGACAGAAAGCGUUGUUGUUCUGCUUUGUAGGGAACCUUGUCUUAGUGUUAAUGCAUUGAAGGACAUGAAUUGGGACUUGAGCCAGUGGUGUCCUCUUAUUGAUGAUAGAUGUUUCUUGCAGUGGUUACUGAAGGUCCCAUCUGAGCAAGAACAGUUGAGGGCUCGACAAAUUAGUGCCCAGCAGAUAAAUAAAAUAGAAGAACUUUGGAAGUCAAAUCCUGAUGCUUCCUUGGAAGAUCUUGAGAAGCCUGGUGUGGAUGAUGAGCCUCAACCUGUAGCUUUGAAGUAUGAAGAUGCUUAUCAGUAUCAAAAUGUUUUCGCACCAUUGAUCAAGCUGGAAGCAGACUACGAUAAGAUGAUGAAAGAGUCUCAAAGCAAAGAUAGUAUCACUAUUCGAUGGGAUAUCGGUCUUAACAAGAAGCGAAUUGCUUAUUUCGUCUUUCCGAAGGAAGAUAAUGAGUUACGCCUUGUACCUGGUGAUGAACUACGACUGCGUUAUUCAGGUGAUGCAGUUCAUCCCUCGUGGCAGUCAGUGGGUCAUGUGAUAAAACUGACUGCACAAGAGGAGGUUGCUCUUGAGCUUGGUGCCAGUCAGGGCGUUCCUGUUGAUUUGACCCAUGGUUUUAGCGUCGACUUUGUUUGGAAGAGCACGAGUUUUGAUCGGAUGCAAGGGGCCAUGAAAACAUUUGCUGUGGAUGAAACCAGUGUCAGUGGGUACAUUUAUCAUCAUCUGCUUGGGCAUGAAGUUGAGAUGCAGAUGGUUCGUAAUACUUUGCCCCGCCGUUUUGGUGCGCCGGGUCUUCCAGAACUUAAUGCAUCUCAAGUCUUUGCUGUCAAAAGUGUCCUGCAAAAGCCUAUAAGCCUAAUCCAAGGUCCACCCGGAACGGGUAAAACUGUGACAUCUGCUGCAAUUGUGUAUCACAUGGCAAAACAAGGCCAGGGGCAGGUUUUGGUUUGUGCUCCAAGUAAUGUGGCUGUAGACCAGCUAGCUGAAAAGAUAAGCGCCACUGGUUUAAAGGUUGUCAGACUUUGUGCUAAAUCAAGGGAAGCUGUUAGUUCUCCUGUGGAGCAUUUAACCUUGCACUAUCAGGUUAGACAUCUCGAUACAUCUGAAAAGAGUGAACUUCACAAGUUACAGCAGCUGAAAGAUGAACAAGGAGAGUUAUCUAGUAGUGACGAGAAAAAAUAUAAAGCGCUCAAGCGAGCAACUGAACGGGAGAUAUCUCAGAGUGCUGAUGUCAUCUGUUGUACAUGUGUUGGGGCUGGGGAUCCCCGGCUAGCAAAUUUUAGGUUCCGCCAGGUUCUUAUUGACGAAUCUACUCAAGCAACGGAGCCUGAGUGUCUUAUCCCUUUGGUUCUUGGAGUGAAACAGGUUGUUCUUGUGGGAGACCACUGCCAGCUUGGUCCGGUCAUUAUGUGCAAGAAAGCUGCCCGGGCUGGUUUAGCCCAAUCUCUGUUUGAACGACUUGUGCUGCUUGGUGUGAAACCAAUUAGAUUGCAGGUUCAAUAUAGGAUGCAUCCAGCUCUUUCAGAGUUUCCAUCUAACAGCUUUUAUGAAGGUACUCUUCAAAAUGGAGUGACCAUAAACGAAAGGCAAUCACCCGGCAUUGAUUUCCCCUGGCCAGUACCAAACCGUCCUAUGUUCUUCUAUGUACAGAUGGGACAAGAGGAGAUAAGUGCUAGUGGAACAUCAUACCUAAAUAGGACUGAGGCUGCAAAUGUUGAGAAAAUUGUGACUACAUUUUUGAAAAGUGGUGUUGUUCCUAGUCAGAUUGGUGUUAUAACACCUUAUGAAGGUCAGCGAGCAUACAUUGUGAAUUAUAUGUCCCGAAAUGGUGCUUUACGGCAGCAACUAUACAAAGAAAUUGAGGUAGCUAGUGUAGAUUCAUUCCAGGGAAGGGAAAAAGACUAUAUAAUUUUGUCUUGCGUGAGGAGUAAUGAACAUCAGGGCAUUGGUUUCCUCAAUGAUCCACGCCGGCUUAAUGUUGCUCUCACACGUGCUCGUUAUGGUAUUGUUAUCUUGGGAAAUCCUAAAGUUCUAAGCAAGCAGCCUCUAUGGAAUGGCUUAUUAACACACUAUAAGGAACAUGAGUGCUUGGUUGAAGGACCUCUGAGCAACCUGAAGCAGAGUAUGGUUCAAUUUCAGAAGCCUAAAAAGAUAUACAAUGAUCGCAGACUUUUCUAUGGUGGUGGACCAGGAAUUGUUCCCAGUGAUGCCUUUGGUGCCUCAAGCUCAAACACUGAUAGAAGGGGUCCUCGCUCUAGGGGUCCUUACAUGCCUACUGGCCCACCUAAUGGUGCUCAUAAACCCAGUGUUCAUCCUUCUGGUUAUGGAAUGCCUCGGGUACCCGUUUCUCCAUUCCAUGGAGGGCCUCCAUCGCAGCCAUAUGCCAUUCCUGCUCGUGGUGCUGUACAUGGACCUGUGGGGGCUGUUCCUCAAAUUCCGCAACCCGGAAGUCGAGGAUUUGGUGUUGGGCGGGGGAACUCCAGUGCACCUAUUGGUAGUCAUCUUGCACCACAGCAAGGCACACAACCCCCUAUUGGAAGUCUUCCUUCUAACUUCAAUUUCCCGUCCAUGGAGAAUGCUAGCAGCCAGCCAAAUGUGGGUGGACCACUGUCUCAACCUGGUUAUGUUUCUAAUGUGACGGGUCAAGGACCAAGUCAAACAUAUAGGGAUGGAUUCUCUAUGAGUGGCAUGUCUCAGGAUUUCUUGGCAGAUGAUUUUAAAAGUCAGGGCUCGCAUAUCCCAUAUAAUGUUGCUGAAUUCUCCACUCAGGCUUCUCAGAGUGGGUAUGCUGUCGACUACGUUACACAAGGAGCUCAAGGUGGAUUUCCUGGGAGCUUCUUGAACCAGAACUCUCAAGCUGGUUAUACUCGUUUUGCUCCAGGAAAUGACUACAUGUCUCAGGAGUAUAUGGCCCAUGGGUCGCAAGGAUUAUUUACGCAGGCUCCAUACAAUGAUCAAUCUCAAGAUGAUGCUUCUCAGAACCAUUUUGGUGCAAGUCAACUUCAGUCACAGAGUUUGCUGAACCCCCUAUACUCACAGCCUUUUGCUCACUACAACUCACAGCCGAUAAAUGUACAAAAUCCUCAGCAACACCAUUCAUCCCAGCAGGCUCAAGGUUCCCAAAAUCACUACAAUGGUUGAGUAUGUGACGGGUUAUUGUCUUUGCAUUUCAGCAAUCUGGUUUGUGCUGUCAUGAGUGGCUGUAUUAUCUUCCCGUAAAGAGAUAUGGUUCUAGAGUUUGCCAAAGGUUGAUUAAUGACACAACACUUUUUGAGGAUGAUGAUUUUGAAACACAACUAAGAAGAUUAGUUUGAUUGAAAUAGAAAGGUUCUCAGUUUGAGGCAAAAUACUCGGCUGCACAACUAGAGCUGAGGAGAAAGAUAAACCCCCAAUGAUGUUGAGAGUUGAGAGAGAGAAUUUACACGGCAUAUGGUGUUGUCAGCACAGGGUCCAGGAACUGAGUCGGUUACUUGGAUUUAAGUGGUGUGUGUAUAAAAUGGUAGAGCAGCCACUGCUGUAAGUUUUAUACGGCAAUUCCCCCGUGCAGUUCUUGUCUCGUCUCUCCUGACAUGUAAUUAUUCUCUUAUCAUAUUUUUUCAAUGUCGGAUAUGCGACUGUAAUCUUAAAUCUCAGUGAUUGCAACUAGUAUACUACUGUGAUUUGCUAGGC